UUCGCCUUUUCACGUUGAUGAAUAGGAAGCGGCUGAAGUCUGUGUGAACUGUAAACUAUUUCUUAUCUAAAACAACACGUUUCUUUCAAGAUCCGAGAUAGGCAAGUGUGUAGAUAUCUGGAAAGUGAGUUUCACUGAGAGAGAGGCAAGGUAUUGAUCCAGAUCAAUACGGUGAUUGAUUAACACGUACGUUUGAAAGUCAUCUUUAUUCUCCCAGUGCCCUCUAUUGACCCGUGAAGCAGGCCGGAGGUAGUGAGGCCAUGGGUGAUAAGGAACUGCUAGAGUUGCCCGUGAGCCAGGGCAAAUUUGAGCAGAUUUGGGGGGACCUAGGAUUUGGUGAGCUGAUCAAGGAGCUGCCUCGUACAAACAGUGAUGCUUGGCUUACCGCUGCAUUGCCCGAUGGCCAUUUUACAGAUGGCUUUGACCUGGAUCUCCCAGAGAACAAGGAUGCUGCUGUUCCUGCAACUGAUGUAGCCCCAGUUGUGGACAGCCUCCCACCUCCUGCCACUGUAAUGCCCUCAACCACAAACUAUCCUGGAGAAUAUGACUUCCAGUUACGCUUUAAUCAGUCCAGCACUACAAAGUCGGCCACAUCUACAUAUUCUCAGCUGCUGAAUAAGCUGUAUUGUCAGCUAGCAAAAACGUGUCCUGUGGAUGUACUGGUGGGCAGAGAGCCACCUAAGGGUACCAUGCUAAGAGCCACCGCGAUUUAUAAGAAAUCAGAACAUGUUUCUGAGGUGGUAAUCCGCUGUCCACACCACCAGAGCAUUGCUGAGAACAACGAAGGUGUUUCCCACCGUAGCCAUCUCAUCCGUGUGGAGGGCAGUCAGAGAGUCCAGUAUCAUGAGGAUCCAAACACCAGGAGGCAUAGUGUGACGCUGCCUUACGAGUCCCCACAGGUGGGUUCGGUGGUAACUACCAUACUACUGAACUUUAUGUGCAACAGCAGUUGUAUGGGUGGGAUGAAUAGGAGGCCAAUUUUCACCAUACUGACCAUGGAGACAUUUGAUGGACAGGUUCUUGGUCGCCAAUGUUUUGAAGUUCGAGUGUGUGCAUGUCCAGGCCGCGACCGCAAAACAGAGGAAGACAAUCUGAAAAAGAUUACUGGGGAGACAGUUACUGGGACAAAGAGAAAGCAUCAAAUUCCGGAUCCGUUAAAAGAGGUGCUCCCUGCAGCUGAACCUGAAUCCGCUGAUGAGAUUUACAUUCUUCAUAUACGUGGUAAGGAGCGUUUUGAAAUGCUAAGGACUAUUAACGCUAGUUUGGAGCUUUUGCACAUGAUGCCUGUUGCUGACCAAGAAAAAUACAGUCAAAAACGAAACACCAUAACAUUUGAUCAAGCCAGUUUGCAGGCGAAGAGUGGCAAAAAACAUCUAAAAGAUUCAAACUAAAACAGCUUUUCAUUUUAUUACUUUUUCUAUGCACAAAAAAACAGUCUAAUUCUAGCUUUUCUGAUGAUCGGUAUUUAACCUGUGAGUUCAAGGUCUUGUAUAUUGCCAACCAAAAUGUCUUCCAAUUUCUUUUUUUCUUUUUUUUGCAUGCCUAAUAUUUUUCUUUCUUUGUAAUUAUUGAAAUAAAACUUCUGUAAUGUAACAUUUCUCUCUAUACUUUUUGAUACACUCACAUAGUCAUAGUUCACAUAUGUAUAGUUCACAUAUAUAUCAUAGCAACCAAAGGCACACUAUCUGAUAACACUAGGUUUAUGGUGCCCAGGAAUGUGGCUAAGCAACUCUUAACUCAAGCCUCUCAAAAACAGACACAUAAUGCACAUAAAAAGGGACUCUUCUCUAAUUAAUUCAUAGACAAACCUUUCUUUGAAUGUUCACAUAUACUUUAGGGCAUUGUGUAUGCUGUUACUAUUCUUGUAUAUUGUCUUUUGUGUAUUGUAAAUGUUUUAUACAUGCUUAUGAUGGAUCACUAGUUAAUAUAACCUCAUCUUUAUGAUGUUUUGUAUCUAUGAGUUUGUAUUUUCAUGAUCUACAUGAGUGUAUAUUAUGUUGAUACCUAUGCAAUACAUUAGUUAUAUAAGAAUCUUAAGGAUUCUUCUCUUGAACCCCCCAAUCUAUAUGCAAGACACCAUAUUAGAAACAGAGCUGUGAAACUUCCUUCCAAAAGGUACCAUUCCUCAUUGGCUCAAUCAAAUCCUGAGGGUGUGACAUCAUCACACUACAUAGAUCACUGAUCACAAGAUCAGGGUGGGUUCUUUUAGAUUCAGAAAUUCCAGGAGAAGAUGCUGAGCUAAGAGCUGUAAAAACCACACUAAGCUUGUGCCAGGCCUUCUGCCUUGACUUUCCAUUCAUCAAGAUCCUCUGAAUCAAACUGGUCUUUCUCAUCAACUCAGUUCAGCAGAGACCAACUGGAGCCCCAAAGUUCAAGUGUCAAACUUAGUCUUAUUAAUUGAUACAUUAAGUAUCACAUGCACCUUUUACAAAGGUGUGUUUGAACUAAGAAACUGAUGUUUCCUUCAGGCUGUAGACCUGUUGAAUAUCAAAUUGUGCCAUAGCUUUAUGUCUUUAUUUCUUCUUUUCUUUACUGCUUAAGCUUUAACCCUUUUUCCAAUGUCCACUGUAUGCGUUUUUGCGUGUGUGUGUUAGACUAGUUUAAGUGUUUAUGUAGUUAAUAAAGUCUUACUUGUAUCACA